CUCACUGGCGAUGCUGAGCAUGGAGAGCUUGGUGGGUGCCCGAGGCCUGGGCGAGGAGUCCCUGCAGAUGUGGGACCUCAACAAGCGCCUGGAGGCUUACCUGGCCCGCGUGAAGUUCCUGGAGGAGGAGAACGAGGUGCUGAGAGCCGAGAUCCAGAACGCCAAGGGAAGUCCCAGCGAGGACUCGUGGAGGAGCAAGUACGAGGAGGAGCUGCGAGCCCUGCGGACCGCGCUGGAUGAUGCCUUCAGGGAGAAGUGGUCUGCGGAGCUGGCCCGGGACAACCUCUACGAGGAGAUCCAGUACGUGAAGAGCAGGUGCCAGAAGGAGCAAGCGGCUCGCGAAGAAGCCAAGAAGCUGCUGUCUGCGAGCAAGAAGGAGCUGGAAGAGGAGCAGAGAGCUCAGAUCUGGCUGAAGGAGAGAGCCCUACACCUGGAGAAAGAGGUGGAAGCGCUGCUGGAGAUGCACGAGGAGGAGAAAGCAGGGCUGGACCAUGAGCUCGCCAGCUUCUCGCAGAGCUUGGAGAGCUUCCGCUGUGUGCCCGUGGCUUUCCAGCCUGUGGAGGUGGAGGACUAUUCCAAGAGGCUCUCGGAGAUCUGGAAAGGGGCCGUGGAGACUUACAAGACGGAGGUGUCCCAGCUGGAGAGCUCCCUGUGUCAAGCCAAGGAGAACCUGUGGAAGGCGGUGGAAGACAACCAGCAGAGCCAGAUGCAGCUGCAGCACCUGGAGAAGGAGCUGGUGGGGCUCAAGGCGCGCAAGGACCUGCUGGAGGAAAGUCUCUCACGGCAGUGGCAGGAGCAGAGAGGGGAGGCUGAGAAGUUCCAGCUGGCACUGGAGGCCCUGGAGCAGGAGAAACAAGCCCUGCGGGUGCAGAUCGCCCAGGUGCUGGAGGACAGGCAGCAGCUCAUGCACCUGAAGAUGUCCCUGAGCCUGGAAGUGGCUACCUACAGGACGCUGCUGGAAGCGGAAAGCACCCGGCUGCAGAUGCCCACCAGCGAGUACAAGCUGGCCAACGGCUUGCGAGGUAAGAGAGAGGCCACCAGCGAGACCCACGGGCAAGCUCAGAGCCCCUCCGCUGCCAGGUCGAGGCCUGGGAUAGAUCGUGCCAGGUAUAUCUGCUCCUUUGCCUCUCAGGAGCGUCCCAGGGAGCUGGUUGUCCCCAAGUUGAAUGCCAAGCUGGAGAUGAAGCUGCAGCCUGUGACACCCGAGAGCCGGCGGGUGCUGUCCUGGGACCUCUGCGUGAGCCCCUCCAUCUUCCCCAGAGCGGAGGCCAAGCUGGCAAAGACCCAAAGCGAUGUCCCCAAGGCCCCCACCCCCAAAACCAAAAGCCCCAUCACGAGGGAGUUCCAGAAAAUCAACUCGGUUCUCCAGGCACCGGUGCUGAAAGCUGCUGGCACAGCCGCUCGCUCAGCGCCCAGCCUGGGGACACCCAGUGGGGUGCUCCCAUCUGCCCGUCCCUGCUCUCGGGAGCCACCCGAGUCCCCAGGUCCAGAGCCAAAGGAGGGGGACAAGGAGCCUUGUGAAGAACCCCAAGACCCCAGCGAGGAGCCACCCGGGAAGUCGCCCACCCCACAGCUGCUCUAUCCUGACCGGCUGGUCACCGAAGCCUUGGAAGAUGCCCUCAAGGAGGUGCGAGAGGAUGCUCAGCCCCAAGAAGAGCCUGUGUGUGAGGCCGAGAGGGCCACAGAGGGCUUUGGGGUAGCGAGUGAACCAGAGGUCCCCAGCUGGAGCAGUCACCCCAUGGAGGAGGUUGAUGGUGCCAAGGACACUGAUUUGGAAGCGCUCUUGGAAGAGAGGACUGGAGAAGACAUGCAGGAGGAGGCAGGCGUGGAGAGCACCGCUUGGCAGGAUGGAGCAACGUCCCACGAGCUGGGACCUUCCGAUGAGCAGGACCAAGGGACACCUGAGCUUCUUGCUGCUGCACCAAGUGAAAGAGAAACCCAGAAGGAGAUGAGACCUUGGGAGGAGAAAGCAAGCCAAGAGGAAGAGACACUGGCAUCUCGGAGCCCAGAGGAAAGCGGGGAAUCAGAAUUUGCAUGUGGAGAUGCUGAGAGCCUGCCAGGCAAAGAGACACAUGAGCAUCUGAGCAACUCCUGGGAAGGGAGGGAGGGUCUCCCCAAACCAGGAGCUGUUGCCAGAGGAGACCUGGAGGAGCCGGAGCAGGGAGAUGAGGACGGGGGUGCUGUGAGCAUGGAGGCGUUGGACCUCCUGGAGGAUGAGGAGAGACCCUGGAGCCCUUCAAAGGAGGAGGAAGAGUCCGAUAUCCUAGAAGAAGUGAAGGAAGAGCGAGAAGAGGAGUCUCUGCAGGAGGAAAUUCAAGCCACUCAUGCUUGUCCCAUGGAAGCUUACCCUGUUUUAGCUGGAGAAGACCAUCCUGGAGAUGAUCUUGUUGAGAGAGAGCCAGAAAGUUUGGAGCAGCGGGACAUGCAUCUGUGCGGGGCAGAUCCUGCUGCAGAUGAAGAAGGAAUGGAAGAGAUGUGCCCAGAACAUGAGCCCUCAAGCAUCAAAGAGAGCACUUGGGAAGAAGAAGCUUCGCCAAUGCCUGUAGAAGACACCAUCAGAGAGGAGGCCACAGAUGGCCAGGGAGAAAGGGGAGAGCCAGAAGAGGAGGCAGUGGAGGAAGAGGAGCUUGAGGCUGAAGGGAAGACGCUGGCAGCUGGAGAGCUAAGGCAGGAGGAAGGUACCGUGGAGGAGUCUGUGGACAUACAGGAAAACAGCUUUGAUGAUGACAUGGUGGAGCAGGAGGACCUGGAGGCCCUGCCAAAGGAGGAAGACCUGGGCGGCGGCGAUGAGUGGAACCCGGAGCUGAUGAAGGAAGCCCAGGAGGGCCACCAUGAUGAGACCAUCCAGGUGUCCAGGGACGAGGAGCUGCCCAUGGCUCCAGAGAUCCCAUGGGAGGCAAGGGCUGAGGAUGCCGAGGAGGAGCUUGCUUUGGAGCCCGACGGGACAGAGAAGGUGGCCUCUCAGCAGGAUGAGGACGUGGAUGGUGAUGAGUCCCAGGAGGAGGAUGCUUGGAGAAGGGAAGAGCUGGGACAGGAACCAGGGAUGUGCAAGAGCAUCCGUCUGGAGGACACACUGCCGGACAACACCCCCCUGCACCUCUACAAAGGGGACAUGGUGGCCAUGACCGCACCCGAACUCAACCCUCUGGCUGCUGAAGAUGCUACAGAACCAGCUCCAGGACCUGAAAUGGUUUUGGAGGACGAAGGAGAGGUGGAGGGGAGCAAUAUGCCAACAAGUCCUUUAAAGGACAGCCAUGAAGAGGGGACGGCAGCGAUGGAGGCAGCGUCUGCAGCAGAACAUGGUGAGGAAGAGGAAGGUUAUUUCAUGGUUUCUGCUCCCAUCCAGGAGGGCUCCAGCCUGGAAGAUGGUGAGAUCUCAGAGGACUUUGAAGAAAUCAAAGUUGGAGCAGUGGAAGGCAUCAGGGAUGAUGUCCAAGCUCCCAAAGAAGCUCCUUUGGCACCAGAGGAAGAAGAGCACUUUGAAGCACUUGCUAGUGAGGCAGACGAAAGCACGAAGGUGCCCCCAGAAGAAGGCGAGAUGCCAAAAGCCGGGGAUUUUGCCAACGAGAUGGAGGAAGCCAUGGAAGAGCCUCUGGGUGAGGGUCUUUUGGUGGGAAGCUCCGAUGAGCUGGAGCAGGACAUGGAAAACCCUGCUGUGGAGCCUGGCAUGCAUGAGGGACAAGGGGCUUCCGAGGAGGAUGGUGGGGCAGGAGAGCUGGAGAGUGAGGCUGGAAGAGCCUUGGAGCCUCCGAGCUCUGGCUCGUCCGGGCAGCUGGGGACCCAGGAGCCCAUCCUGCAGCAGGAGGAUGCGGCUGGUGCCACUGAGCUCGUCCCUCCCCAAGGGCUCCCAGCACCUCAGCCUUCAGGAGAAGAAAUCCCGGAGAGCGGGAGCCUUUCCUUGGCUGAGGAGCGGUGCUCCGAUGCCAACCCACCUCCGGAGACGGAGGCCGAUGACCGAGGGCACAACGAGCCCGGCCAAGACGGUGGCGCGGGGGCAAAUUGUGACGCAGAAGGGCUUGACCUCCCUGGAAAACUGCCUCCGGAGGAUGUCAUGAAAGCCUCGGAUAUUCUGGAAAUCGUGGAGCAAGCCCUGGAGUUCAACCAGGAGCUGAUGUUGGCAGCGAGGCCAGCUGAAGCGGAGCAGCAAGUUCCCGGGAGCAUCCCGGCCGAGAAGCAGGAGCAAAACGGGCUGCCCAGCGAGGCCUCGCUGGAGGACGUGGAAUUUCCCCCGGAGCUUCCAAAUGGCAUCGGCGAGACGCAGCCGCCCGCGUGCCAGGAGCACACGGAGCCCAAGGCCACCUCUGCUGCACCUCCAGAAGAGCCGGCGCAAGGAGGAGGCGCCGUGGACAACCCGACCCCAUCGCUGCUGCUCGCCAAGCUCGCCGGGACCGAGAGCGCCGCAUCCACCCGGGGCACCGAGGAGCUCGGACAACAGCAGGACCAGCUCCGAGACGAGCAGGAAUUGUGGUCGGAGGAGGACGAGUGA